AACUAAAUAGAUUACAAAUGCAAGCUUUUCGAGGCAGCUUAGGCCCCUUCUUCAGGCAAGAUGUUUGCAUCGUAAGUUCAAUAUUUCAAAAGGCUAACAAUAAUGUGGAUUGAUUUGUUUUGGGUGCGAAUAGUGAUCAUGUUAUUAACUGAAGGUAGUGUCAGAUUUACAUUAGUUUUGGAUUGGCACUAAAAUUUAGAUUUUGGUAUCAAUACCAGCUUUCAGACCUCACUACCAGAACCAAAAUGGUUCCAAAGCAAAUUAUGGAUAACUACAACACCCUGCCAACUACCCCUGUCUUACUGCACCACCCCUGUGUGCUGUGCCAUCGAUCCACAAUUCACACCACUUCCCUUUUCAAGCCAUGAUGUCCUGAUUGUGUGAAAGCAAAUGGGAGAGGUAAUGGUUCAUUCAUGGUUUCUGUGAAGUUCCAAUCCCUAUUUAACUAAGGCCUACCUGAUGCACCUCACAAUUGCUCACCUUCCUGGUGUGCCAUGCCUUCUCAUCGCUUCCCUAUUGAAGCCAUAAAGCCCCGAUUGCAUCAAAGCAAAUAGGGUAGGGGGUUGGAAGUGGAUGGUGGAGUUCAUGGUCUCUGUGAAGUUCUGAUCAUGGUGAAGCAAGAAGUUUGGUGUUCCUAUUAAGUCCCAGUCGCACUUGGGAUGGACUCCAUGAAGAUCUAAUCAUGUCAAAGUACGUCCUUGGGAGGUUGAAGAUUUAGAGGAAAGCUGACGUUUACUUCUGGCUUCUGGGAUGGUCUACCAUUGUUUUUUUACUUGUGGCAGGCUGAAGGAGAAAUGGGCAUUUCUGGGUUAAUCUCCUAAAAACGGAAUCGAAGAAAGUCAUGGCAGAAGUUCCUAAGAUUAAAGGCUUGCAGCCCGUAAGCCGUGGUCCAUACAUUUCAGCGAUAACCAACAAGAACAUGAACUUGAUGAUACGUGGAGUUGUCUUAUUUACUAUUGGAGUGUUUCUUGCCUUGGUUUUAAACUUACUGCAAGUUCAACGAAAUGUUACUCUUUUUCCACCUGAUGUAAUAGCAAGUAUCUUUUCAUCUGCCUGGUGGGUGCCACCUUGCUGCGGUACAGCGUCAGCUGUGAUUGGAUUAUUAUAUCCAUGCAUCGACAGCCGUUUGGGUGAGCCACACAAAUUUAAACGUGAAUGGUCCAGCGUUAUGCGCUGUGUGGCAGUUUUUGUAGGAAUAAAUCAUGCAAGUGCUAAGGUUGAUUUUGCAAACAACAUACAGUUGUCUCUAACACUUGCAGCACUUUCUAUUGGACUCUGGUGGACGUUUGAUCGAUCUCGUAGUGGCUUUGGCCUUGGCAUAGGAAUUGCCUUUCUUGCCACACUUGCCACCCAGCUUUUGGUGUACAAUGGUGUUUUUCAGUAUACGUCUCCAGAUUUUCUGUAUGUCCGUUCCUGGCUCCCUUGCAUAUAUUUUGCUGGAGGAAUUACAAUGGGAAAUAUAGGUCGGCAACUAGCAAUGUAUGAAUGCAAAGUAAUUCAGGAAAAAAUACACCAAGACUGAAGAAACUAGGAAGUGUUCUUUUCAUUAGUUUUAUUAAAGGAUCUGCAUCGGCUGGACAAAAUGCCAAACUAUUUUUGUAAUGUAAUUUAAGAUGUAUUUUUAAUAUUGAAUUGCAAGUGCUGCAGUUUAAUUUCUUCUUUGUUCUAAUGUACUUUGCAAUCUGUGAUUGCUUUUUUAUUUUUUUUUUCUACAAAUCAUCAGUAUAUCUCUUUUCUGAUCACAUUGUAUUUCUGUGUGCAAUAACAACAGCAUUUAAAAUAAAUGUAGGCACAGCAUAUUACAGUACGUCGGGUAAAAUGACGUUUGGCUUUCUUGUGCCAGAUGUCUUUGUCCCGAGUACGAUACAAUGAUGGAUUAGCAAAUGUGUUUGUCUUUCUAAAAAUCUGCUCUCUUAAACUUUAUUCUUUUUCCAUUUUUGCAAUGGGACAAAUAACUUAUGGAUCAUCAAGAUUAAGAAGUAUAUUUUUGAUGAUAACCCAUUUUGCAUUAUUUCAGUGUUAUACCAAUAAUGCACGGGCAUUGAUUACCUGAAACCUUUGGUAAUAUCUUAUCUUAGUUGUUUAAUUAAAGGUACUGUAUAAUGUACAAGUAUCCUUACUUGGCCAAACAGAUUUAACUUCCCUUUUAUUGACCCUAUAUAUAACUGGUUGCAUGUAUAAUUUGCCUGAUACUGAACAGGUCACAUUUAUUUGUAAUAAAGUGCUGAGAAAAGAUAGAAAAUAUUACAUUUCAUGUAUUUUUCCUGCAUGACAUU